GCCUAUAUAUACUGCCUUGAGAAACCAUCUGUCAUUGAGCACCCACAGAGCAAGAACCCUGGUUUGAGGCAAUCCCGACCAAUACUGUCGAGCGAGGCAAGGUAACAUUUAAGCCAGAGAUGGCGACAGACGGACAGGUCAUUCCAUCCGCAAUGCAACUGAGCACCUUCACCAAGGUGACGUCGAUCCCCAAGGAGGAGAGCUAUAAAGACUUUCCGGUGGCUGUGCGUGUCAAGGCGCCGGAGAUGACAUUUCACGAGCACGCCCUGGUCGAUAUCGUCGCGGUUAUUGACGUCAGUGGAACCAUGGGUUGGAACUACGUCAAUGGCAGUGCCGUGCCGAAUCACAGGUUGGAAUUGGUGAAGGAAGCCAUGAAGAAAGUCAUCGAGAAUCUGGGUGGCGCUCAAAACCGCCUCGCUGUGGUGCCAUUCAGUGACAAGGUUAUUGAAGCGGGGGUAACGCCACUUACAGAAAUGACCAAGGAAGGCCAGCAAAGGGUCCAAAAGACGGUGGAUGGACUUAAACCAGGGGGUGGGACGGCCUUCAGAGCGCCCUUGCAAAAGGCCGCACAGAUCCUAGAUGACCGUAAGGCGGUGGAGGACCGUUUAGCCUUCAUCAUCUUCCUCUCCGAUGGAAAAGACACCUACGGCUUCUCGAAAGAAGACAUCCCACGGGCGUACCAAAUCCACACCUUCGGUAUCUCAGAAGAUCACAGUGCCGAAGCACUACAAAACAUGGCUACCGUGACUUCGGGAAGCUACACAACUAUCACCAACAAUGACCUGGACAAGAUCACGGAAAAGAUGGAUCAACUCUCGGACAAGCUGAGCUCCAUCGUCGCCGUCGACAUGAGCAUCUACCUCAAGUCUUUGAACCCUGGUGUGUCUCUACUGAGGAUAGAAUCAUGCACGGCCGAUGACACCAGUUCCAAGAGCCAGAUCAGCGACAACAAGCUGUCCGCCAACAUCUUCGUGCGUACUAUCUCCUCCAGCGAGGAGAGGGAGUUCACCGCCUACCUACACGUGCCGGAAAGCCAGGGCAACGGAUCUAAAGGAGUGAUGGAGCUGCUAACGGUGGGAGGCAGGUACAAUCAGAGUUGGGACAGGAAACAGAUCACACUCAGCGAGUCCGUCGUGACCAUUGAGAGACCUGGCUCAACGCCGCCGGCGCCGAGCAGCUGCAAAGAACUGAACUGGAUUGAGGAGCGGGUGGAGUACUGGUGCAAGGUGAAGCUGGACCUGUCGGCGAUGUAUGACAAGGCAGAGGCCGAGGCAGGGGUCACGGUGUCCGGUGGAGAGAGCCAGUGCCAGUGCCAGUGCCAAGACCUGCAGACCCUCCGGGCGGGGUCGCUAGUGGCCAUCGACAGAGCGAUGCACCACGACAUAUACACGGCCACCCUGCUCGCCGUCAAGCUCAGGCACUGCAGCCGUGGUGGCGCGGCGGAACCAGCGACCGAGAAUGCGCCUUCAACAACGGCGCAGGGUGCCAAGGCUGUCUAACUGUGAGAAUGCUUCACAUACCAAGAUCGUUGGAGAUGCAAGCAUCUAACGGGAGAUGGAGAACAGAGAAUGAUCCACGUAUACAUACAAUAAGAUGUGGGCCAAAGCAAAUGAAUCACAUCCAAACAUUAAAGCAGGUCAACACUUUUUUGUGUGACAAAAACGCUCCCUGGGAUCAUGAAGAACUGGAAAAAUAGUCUAGUAUGUAAUGGAAGGCAAACUAGUUUUGAAUGAGACCAGUUUAAUGAACCAUGAUGUUCUAAGAGUAUUUGACAAUUGUAUGAUAAUUGUAUGGCAACCAUUCUUCUGUAUCUAGGUAUACAGGAGUAUGCACUUAAGCACCUAAACAAAGUAUUCCGUUGAGUGCUC